AUGACAGUAAUUGCGAAUCAAAGUAAUGAAGUUCUUAUUCUUUCAGAUGGAGCAGGGAAAUUUUCAAUUAAAGAGUUCCUUGAGCGAUAAAAAGCUAAUAUAAGAGAAAAGAAAACCCAAUCAAGCGAUAACAUUAUCAGGAAGAUUGCUCCAAUCAAAAUAGAAAAUUAAAAGGGCACAAACAGUUCUCCUCGAUUCAGAAUAAAAUUGGUCUCGAGUCCUUUAAGCACUAACCGUACUACUCUUUCGAGAUCUCCUUAGACUUCAACAUUUCGAAAUCAUAGAAUACCUUUAGAAUCUGAUUAUGUUUGUGAAACGGAGAUGCAUAUAUAAACCAAUAGAAUAGACAGGGCAUUUCAUUAAACUGAUAUUGAUGAAAGCACAAUGUUAUCCCCUAAGUCUCCUACAACACAGGAUUACGGAGUAGACAGUUCUCCAGUAGUUAAAACAAGGAAUGUUAUUAAAUCUGUUGAUGAUGAAAAUUUGUUGAAAGAGUAAAUUAAACCUCCAAAAAGAACCAAAAAAUAAUUGAGACAUUGUUUGCUCAGAGCCUUGAAAAAAUUGAAGGAAAUGAACAUCACCACUAAAAUGAUGGUCUAAAAAUAAAUAUUCUCUAAAAAGCCUUAUCAAAAACCUUUUUCUCAAGAAUUCAUUCAUGCAGUAAAGUUGAAUCAAUUAGAGAAGGUUCAUCAAUAUUUGGAGAAAAACAAAUACUUGGUUUUCGAUUUCGAUUUCUUCAAUAUGUCUGCCUUGCAUUGGUCUAGUAAAAAGGGUUUGUAUGAAAUGUCUGAAUUGUUAAUUAAGUAUCAUGCAGAUGUUGAUGCAAUAGACAUAUUGAAUAGAACACCUCUGUAUUUAGCUAUACAAGAAAAUAACAUUCCUAUUAUUGAGGUAAGAAUCUCAUUGCUAAUUUUGUAGUUACUAUUAAGAAAUAGGGCAUAUCCCUGGUCUACUUAAGUCACUGAUUUGGGAGAAGUGGUUAAGGACAAUAAGAAAGUUCGUAGGAUCUUAACUUAAAUCAGAAGAGUGGACAUCAUCAACAUGUGGGGGGAGAAGAAAUUAAAAGAAGAGUUUUUUUGA